GGCCCACCACCUCCGACCCGACACUCCACGAAAUACUAAUGCCUACAGUAGUAUGGACGAUAAACGCUCACAGACCCUUCAAGCGCUUUCGAGUUUCAUAGAACGUCAGAGAGCCGUGUUGGCUCGUACCCAGGCGGAUAUUGAGAGUCUGAUAUCUCUCAAGAGACAUGUUGUCUCCCAGCCCGAACUUGACCUGGGGAGUCUCACUGAGAAGUUCGGCGGACAAUUGCUCAGUGACCAGAGCGCUGAAGCAUCUCUGCUUCCCGACAACGUCGACUGGUCAUUAUUCAGGUCUUGCGACCCGACGCCGUUCAGGGAUCUGGCUUCUAGUGUUAGGGCCAUCCAGACGCAACGUUCCAGUCCUUCGAAGACUCAGCAGGGACCACUUUCCGACCUGCAGAAGCUUGUGAAAGAGACGCGACGAAUGAUAGUCGAUCCCGUCCUCAGCCAGCUGCCCCCUCUGUCUGACGACGAAGAUUCGCCAGACGAAGAAGUUGAUCAGGAGGAGCUCAUCAAAGAGAGGGAGCGCGAGAAGAUACGUGAGCUCAAGAAGCGUAAGAUCAGCUGCGGGCUGACUGUCCCGCUGCGCGCACAUGCUGUCAAUGGGGUCUUUAUACGAAGAGACUUGGAAGACGAGAGCGCGGAUGUAGAUAUAUCGCUCGCUGGGGAUAGCGAGGAUUCGCCUGCGCCGUUCCGGAUGAAAGAGGAUCCAAGCGCUGACUUCGCCGGGUUACCGACGCCUGUCUCGAUGUCGGAGUCCGUCGACGACAAACCUCGGGCCUCUCGAACUUCGCGCCUGCCUAAGCGCCGACGUAUUGAAGAAAAGGCUGUAGAGCCGUCGAAGGUGAAUGGCCAGAGAGGCUCUAAACCGUCGAAGAACGCCCGCAAACAAGAGGACUCUCCCAAACCAGAACCUGUUGCCACCGACGCAUCGGGUCGCACCUCUGGCAAGCCCAAACCGGAGACGUAUAAACAAGCAUGGUCGGUUUCGGAGCAACACCUCCUGGAGCGCUUGUUGGAGGAGAUACCCCAUGGGGAGCGGAAUCGGUGGCAGAAGAUUUCUCAGGCUAUGAAUGGGCGGAGGACGCCCCGACAAGUUGCGAGCCGCGUGCAGAAGUAUUUCGAGAAGCUGAAGCGAUUCGGGAUUGAUCCUGCCGGUAAGGGUAGUACAGAGAGGGAGUGAGGAUGGUAGACUUCGACCACGAACGCUAUAAUGCACCUUGUAAUGCAGUCUAUAGGUCACUAUAAUGAUGGUGUAAUGAAUCAUGAUGCUUG